ACGGUCAAGGUGAUCGACUUCGGGCUGUCGCACCAGUACCAGCGCGGCGCCGACGGCGCCUUCGACCGCUCCGCCCCCCUCACCGACAUGUGCGGCUCAAAGUCGUACGCCGCGCCCGAGGUGCUGAGCGGGCGCGGGUACGACGGCUUCGCGGCCGACGUGUGGAGCCUGGGCGUA